AGGGGUGACGGUCGGACGUAAACGUGCGGCACUUGAACGCAGCACCAGGCUUACGCUCGCUCACACGGACACACACGCAGCCAGCAUCGCCUGUACGGUCCAACUAAAGUGUGCCGCUGCUGUGUGAACGAUAUUACACACACACACACACACACAAACCGACAUGGAGGUGAUGUUUCGGGGACAGGAGCGCGUUCAGGGAGCAGACCGGAGGAUGUAACGGCAACCCCGGAGCCGUUGGGACUGCACGAGGCAGAGAGGCUCGUGUGUGAAUACAAAAGGAACCGCCGAGCAGAGACGAUGGUGGAGACGUUGGCGGCAGCAACGGCAGCAGCAGCAGCAGCAGGGGGAGCGGGUUUCUUAUCGACCCCAGCUUCAGCUUUCUGAAACCAACACAAACUUUUUGUUUAUGCAAGAAAAAACCUCCAGCAUGUCGGAUCCGAGUCACUGGUCUGCGGUGCCGAGUCAGAACAAGUCACAUUUUGUUCCGGCAGCGUUGCUGAAGCGUUCAAAAAGCUGUCGCAGCAGCAACAGGAAGAGCCUCGGUGUCGGGACGCCAUCACCCACGCUGUCCCGGCCACUCUCUCCGCUCUCGCUCCACACUGCCGCGAGCAGCCCACUAGACAGCCCGCGAAAUGUGUCGACCAGUGCCUGCCUCAACUUUCCAUUCGCACGAAGUCACCUGGCCCGUGCCGACAGGGCUGAGGGCCGGCGGUGGUCCCUAGCAUCCCUCCCCUCGUCUGGCUAUGGAACCAACCCGCCGAGCUCCACUGUCUCAUCCUCCUCGUCCUCCCAGGAACGUCUUCACCAGCUUCCCUACCAGCCGACACAAGAUGAGCUGCACUUCCUCUUCAAACACUUCCGCAGCACAGACAGCAUGGCUGAUGAGGAUGGGCGGCCCUCGACGCUCAUACGACCUCGUUCUCGAAGCCUCAGCCCGGGGAGAUCGAGUGUCUCCUUCGAUAAUGAGAUUGUCAUGAUGAACCAUGUUUACAGAGAACGUUUUCCAAAGGCCACAGCCCAGAUGGAGGAGCGCUUGUUUGAGAUUAUCACCCACUGCUCUCCAGACAGCUCCCUCCCGUUGGCUGAUGGGGUGCUGGGUUUCAUCCAGCACCAGUUAGUCGAGCUGGUAAGAGACUGUCUGGACAAGUCCCAGAAAGGCCUGGUUACUACUCGCUACUUCGCCGAGCUGCAGGAGAAGCUGGAGAAGCUCCUUCACGAGGCCUACGAGCGCUCUGAAAGUGAGGAGGUAACUGUCAUCAUCCAGCUGGUGAGGAAGAUCCUCAUCAUAAUCUCUCGGCCCGCUCGCCUCCUGGAGUGUCUGGAAUUUGACCCGGAAGAGUUUUAUCACUUGCUUGAAGCAGCAGAGGGCCAUGCCAAAGUCGGCCAGGGAAUCAAGACGGACAUCCCACGGUACAUCAUCAGCCAGCUGGGUCUGACGCGGGACCCAUUAGAAGACAUGGUACAGCUUGACCAGUAUGACACCAGUCCUUCAGUGUCAGUGGAACAAGAUGCUAAUGUAGAGAAUAAAGCCCCACAGAUGCUGACACCAACUCGAAGGAAACCUCUUGAGAGCGACUUUGAAACGAUCAAACUUAUCAGCAAUGGAGCUUACGGGGCCGUGUAUCUGGUCCGCCACAAAGAAACCCGCCAACGGUUUGCCAUGAAAAAGAUAAAUCGUCAGAACCUGGUCCUGAGGAAUCAGAUCCAGCAGGCUUUUGUGGAGCGAGACAUCCUAACGUUUGCUGAAAACCCCUUUGUUGUCUCUAUGUUCUGCUCGUUUGAGACGCGACGACAUCUCUGCAUGGUCAUGGAGUAUGUAGAAGGUGGAGAUUGUGCCAACCUUCUGAAGAACAUGGGCCCACUACCUGUAGAAAUGACAAGGAUGUACUUUGCUGAAACAGUCUUGGCCCUGGAGUACCUUCACAACUAUGGUAUCGUGCAUCGGGAUCUCAAACCUGACAACUUGUUGAUUACAUCCAUGGGUCACAUCAAGCUAACGGACUUCGGCCUGUCUAAAAUUGGCCUGAUGAACAUGACCACCAACCUGUACGAGGGUCACGUGGAGAAAGACACAAGAGAGUUUGUUGACAAACAGGUGUGUGGCACUCCAGAGUACAUUGCCCCCGAGGUGAUCCUUAGACAGGGCUAUGGGAAGCCAGUGGACUGGUGGGCGAUGGGGAUCAUACUUUACGAGUUCCUGGUCGGCUGUGUUCCUUUCUUUGGAGACACACCUGAACAGCUUUUUGGACAAGUUGUCAGUGAUGAAAUCAUUUGGCCAGAAGGAGACGAUGCCCUACCUGCUGACGCCCAGGACCUGAUCACCCGCUUACUGCGACAGAGUCCUAUAGACCGAAUAGGAACCGGCGGAGCCUCGGAGGUCAAACAGCACUCCUUCUUCCUGGGUUUUGACUGGAAUGGACUCCUGAGGCAGAAAGCUGAAUUCAUCCCUCAGCUGGAGGCAGAGGACGACACCAGCUACUUUGACACUCGUUCAGAGCGUUACCAUCAUUUGGCUUCUGACGAGGAUGAGGAAACCAAUGACGAAGAGUCUUCCUUGGAAAUCAGACAGUUUGCUUCCUGGUCACAUCGCUUCAGCAAGGUCUACAGCAGCACAGAACAUCUGGCGACGCCGUCCAACCUGAGCUUCUCCUCUGACCGCAGCCACAGCGAGGAAAAGGAGGACCGUGUGGACACAGGAGGACUCAGUCCGUCCCCGAGCCCAGCAGAGGGCAGCGUGGAGCACAGACAUGCUGGGCGCAUGGCCAGCCUUCGUCCUCGGGCCUCUUCCAGCUCCUCCCAGUCUGAGAGGAGCACCAGUCCUCUGGUGAUGAGCAGCACCCACAGUCUGGAGACAAUGCCCCGCUUUGCCCUCUCCACUGAUGAUGAAGCUGAGGUGGUCGUGUCAAACCUUCGGAGGAUCAGGAUUCGCAGCAACAGCACAGGGGCCAAACACUCCUCCCCCAAAGAUCCAACCGGCCCUCGGCGCUUCGGUAACCAGUUGGAGACGCCAGACAGACAGAGGCUUCCUUGCGGAGGGAAGGUUCCCAAGUCAGCCUCCGUCUCAGCCCUGUCUCUCAUCAUUACUACAGAUGACUCGCCCAGCGGCCUCCAGACUAGUCCCAUCUCCCCACGCUCCCUGUCCUCCAACCCUUCGUCCCGUGAUUCCUCCCCCAACCGUGACCUGUCGAUCAGCCCCGCCAGCCUGAGGCCUCCCAUUGUCAUCCACACAUCAGGGAAGAAAUACGGCUUCACCCUGCAGGCCAUUCGGGUCUACAUGGGUGACAGCGAUGUCUACACGGUGCAUCACAUGGUGUCGAGUGUGGAGGAGGGCGGCCCGGCUCACCAGGCCGGUCUCUGCACUGGAGACCUCAUUACCCAUGUGAACGGAGAGUCUGUCCAAGGCCUGGUCCACCCUGAGAUGAUAGAACUGCUACUGAAGAGCGGCAGCAAGGUGGCGCUGCAGACUAUAGCACUUGAGAACACGUCAAUCAAAGUGGGUCCAGCUCGAAAGACCAAACACAAAGGCAAGAUGGCUCGUCGCAGCAAGAAGAGCAAGAGGAGAGAUAAUUAUGACAGGCGACGUAGCAUCUUAAAGAAGCUGUCCAAGCAGAGCACGGUGAUGCACACCAGUCGCAGCUUCUCCUCAGGUCUGCACCACUCAGUUUCGUCCAGUGAGAGUCUUCCAGGCUCCCCGACACACAGCCUCUCACCCGGACCCUCCACACCCUGCCGGAGCCCCGCACCGGACCAUCAGACCUUUGACAAUAACUCUCCUCAGAGCACAUCUCCUUGCUCCAGCUCUCCCAGUUCCCCCGCUGCACACAUCCGGCCCAGCUCUCUCCACGGCCUGGGCUCCAAACUUAGCACGCAGCGCUACACCAAGGUGGGCCGCCGGAAGUCAACCAGCAACAUCCCCCCCUCACCCCUGGCCUGUAACUCAUCCUCCACCCAGCCUCUUUCCCCACAGCGCUCUCCCUCUCCGCUCUCAGGCUUUGCCAAAACCCUUCACACGUACCACGGCAAAACCCUGUCCCCACCCACCAUCGUUAGACAUGUUGUCCGGCCCAGGAGUGCCGAACCACCCCGAUCCCCUCUUCUGAAGCGGGUACAGUCAGCUGAGAAGCUGUCUGGUGUAUAUCAUGCUGAUAAGAAGUCGUACGCCCCCCGCAGACACACACUGGAAGUGCCAUUUUACUGUGAGGGAGACCUGCUGGGUGACUCAGAGGCAGAGGGUGCCUGCGGAGGCCCCUAUAUUGGGGCCGAUCACAGCAGGCUUGGGGGUUACAUCUGCAGCCAGAGGAUGAGGGACUCUGGGAUUGAACGAUCUGAGCAACUUGUUGUGAUGCGAAAGCUCAACCUAUCAGAGCGACGGGACUCCUUUAAGAAGCAGGAGGCAGUGCAGGAGGUGAGCUUUGACGAGCCGGAGGAGAAAACCAACACCACAGUUACAGUGACAACCACAGCUCCAGGUGCCCAAACCCAACAUCCGCAGCAUCAGCACAGAAUGUCCUGGAUGCUCACUCGACCCCAAACCAGUGAGGAGGUGGAGCUGGAAGUGCCAGUCGUGAGGAGGUUCACACUGGUGCCACAGAUCGCAGUGCAAGGCUCAACGGAGAGCGAGCAGGACGAGUGGGAGCCGUGUUCAGAUGGAGAGGAAUCCAACGAGAAACCAGAGCUGGAGGUGACCAUCACUUCAUCUCAGCCACAGCAGGCCGGGCGUCCUCUCGCUGAGUGCAGUCAGGCAGCAGAAACCACCUCCACUGCUCCUCAGGUCAGACCAUCGACAGAGUGCAGAGAAGAAGCUCCACAAAAAGGGCAUCAAAGAAAGUGACAGCUCACUACUGCACUCAUUUCAACUACUCAUAUCGUUUCUUUCAAAAGUUGUCAACUCAUUGACAACUUGUCUGGCUGAGAGUGAGUGGGAGAAGAUUUUACUUGAAUUUUGUAAUUGUAAAUAUUUGCCUCAAGCCAUUGCAGACAUUCUGGUCUUAUUUAUUACAUUUGUAAACUACGAUGAGUUAGUAACAGUGAAAGAGGCAAGUUGUCAUUGGUUGAAUAGCCAAGGCUCAACAUUUUUGUAUCCAUUCAUUGUGGUUUUAUGUCUUUUGACUGGAUGUUUUUCUUUUUUAAAUAAAUGUCUAUUUUUUAAAUAGAUAGUUUGGGUACAGAGUAGUUUGAUAAUGCUGGGCAUAAUUGUUAAAAGGACCAAAAGGUCAAGAAGUCAUUUUAGUGCAGCGUCCAACAGUCUAAUAUGCUAUUACCUUGAUCUCCAGAAACCUGAGAGUGAGCUUUGUUUCACACUGUGAGCAACAUGGUUGAUUUGUCAUUUUCUAAGCAAUUGUCAGACAGACUUUUUAGUUGUUUGUACAUUAUACAACUACAAAACUUAUGUUUUUGCUUAUUUGCUUUGGCCUUUAAUAGCACUACAUCCCAGAAGAUACAUCCCCUGGAAUUUUUCCAUUUUGCAACACUAUGCUUCAUGACAAUCACAUUGGUAGGGAAAUAAAGAUGCACUGAAUUAUAACACACAACACAAAAGAUACAUAAAAAGAUUAGUGGUGUGGCCCAUGUUUCUCUUCGUCACAUUCGUAAGAAAUAAAAAGUACUUUCACUGACGUGUUGAUUAUGUUGCUUCCAGUGUGAAUUCACAGCCACAACAUUGUUCUUCUUAAAUGUGGAACCAGUCGGUGCAGGGUAAUCUCUCGCACUGACACUGUCCAAUUAUGACUACUGAGUACGAUCUGUUAUGAAGCUAAUAUGAAAAGGUAUUACGUGCCAUGAUAACAGUGCAGUGUCCUCUAAGCCAUAUCUUGACAGAUUAAAUCAUUUGUCUUGUUUCUAAUGUCAGCUCAACAUGAAGAAGUCUCUUAAGUGUUUUUUUUCCCUCGUUAUCUUGACAACUUGAGGAUGAAUGUCUGGAUGUUGCAGAAUAUUACACACUCUGCUUACAUAAAAACUUUGUGUGAUAAUAGCAUAGAGGUAUGUAGUAAUGAUUUUUUUUCUUUUUGCUGCUCACAUCUGUAAGCAUUGGUUCAGCAUGUCUCGCUGUUAUAACCUGUUCUACUCAUAAGCAUGCAAUUUGCAGGAAAAGAACACUGAGCAGUGAAAUGGAAGUCUGCGUCUUCUUCAGAGCCUGGAGGGAAUAUCUUCUUGUUUAAAACAUUUUGGUAUUUAUGUUUUGGUCUUUCCUUGCUUAUACUAACAAGACAUUUUGUACCUGGAAAUGUGUUGGAUCCUCAUGUAUUUUUGAAGCAUUUCCUGAACAGUAGCUUUUUUUUUUUUUCUACAUGAGCAUGUAAGAGACACCAUGCCUACAAGACCUGUUCCUACUUAAUUUUCUGUGUAGUGAUGUUUACAUGGAGGGGAAAAGUGCACUAAUGUAUUUUGACAUGGAUUUUGUAAGUGAAUGUUCAAGGUAAACUUGGAAAAUGGCAGAGGGGAAUCCUUACAUUGAAUCCAAACCCAGGGCUUCUUUGAACAAAUGUUUUCGUUGUUUUUUUUGUCUUUGUAUUAUACAAAUAUUGAUGUAUAUUUUGAUAAUUCCAAAUGUGUUGAAGGAUAUGCACAAUGACAAUUUAAGGUACAGAGAUUUUGGGAAGUCUGGCUUUGAGGGAUGUUUUUACAAAAAUCUUUGUUGGGAUUCAGAACAGUUUCACAUCCAGUACAGACUGAAUGUUCUUCACAGUUUUCCACUACAGAGACAGAGUUUUGAAGUUUAUUGUCUUGUCAGUGGCUGUUUGCUGGCUUUUGUACCAACUUUCUCUGAGUCCUCUGUUUCUAAAAUGGAAAAUGUUGAUGUGUUAUCUAAGUCCUUCUUCCUCCUCAAAAAGAGUCCUUAAAUCUCACGAUGAGGAUGCUGUUGUCGUGUCAGCGCAAAGAGAUUGUAUCGCUGAACGGCUCAGUCAUUUUUUUGCAGUGUGACAGAAUUGUUUACAAUGAACAAACAUGCGAUGUACUGUACAGACGUUUUAUAUCCUGUGGCUGUAUAUGAUGAAACUAUCCUCUUUGAUACCAUGAAAGAAUACACCGAUAGACGUAACAUAUUUGUAUUUGUUUUGUUCUUUUGGAACUGUUCAUAAAAAGUAAUUUAGCACCAAGCUGAGAGGUAUUCAGUGUUUAACAUACACUUAAGUAACUUGUUUUGUCAUCAGCUUUUUACCAGUUUUAUAAUAGCAGCAAGUCAGACAAACUGGCAACUAAACAGUAAGUAAUUAAUAACUAAUUACUAAACUGUGCUGUAAGAAGGCUUCACAGUUCACCAACACACAAAAUAUCCAAGUCUUACUUUAAAGCAAACAGUGAAAACUUGAGCCACUGUGGAUCAGCAAAGACGAGGAUCUCACCUGGUGUUAAACUAGUACUCCUUAAAGAACAAACCGACAGGUCAAACUGUUGUACAUGUGCAUGUGUUCUCCUGUGGACUCUUCUGUUCGGUGCAUGCUGCAUGAGACAAGCACACAUCUGUAAUACUUGAUCGCAUGGUAUACCGGCGUUGUCGCCCCUGUACUGUGUUUUCUUGUGCAACAAAUAAAAAUUGUAUUUCUCUUGGA